ACUGACGGGAGCUUCGGCAGUAGCCCAUGACAUCGCCUGCAGCAACACGUCGCCCCUGAUCCUUGAGCCCUCCGAUCAUUGGGUCAAGCCGUUGUGAUUGUCAAUCGUGGUGUCAACAAUGUCAAAGUACCGGCUUCCUUAAUAUUCAAUAAUUCACUUGUUCCUCCUGUCCGAUCGAGCUCUCGAAAACGACGAAUAUCGAUAUUUAACACGCGCGCGCGCAACCACCCUCUGGGUGCGACCGAGCCACCAACAUGGACUCGUUCCUCCAAGUUCGGGAUAUCAUUCCCUUCCCACCUGGCGACAACUCGAGUGACACAUUGAUUGGAAAUAGCCAUCUCAACCUCACCACUCUUGAACACUGGAACUACACGCUAUUCACAAACCAAACCCUCUCCAAUGGCUCUUGGUGUCUUUUGGCUUGGGAACCGUGGAUCGCUGACUUUGUCAUGCCCAAUGGCACCUUCAUCAACGCAACAUGGUGUUGGUCUCCCGUUAAUGGCAUCGGAGAACGAGCCGGCACUUCGAUUGGUUUCGCUGUUCUCUUCGGCGUCGCUCUUGUCCUGACCAUCGUCGCGCUUAAUCGACACGGCCGCCUCUACCUCCCCGUCACAAAGCGAUUCUAUCCCAUUGGAAGGAGAUGGCAGUGGUACUGGGGAAUUAUUGUCAGCGCUACUGCCGUUGUCAGUUUGUUUACCGCCAUGGACGUCGACCGAUACUAUCUUCCCGAGUUGCCACUUAUCCUCACGAGUUUCUUCUGGUUUCUGAUGCAGCUGGGCACUAUUGCCCAGGUAUGGGAAGCAGUGCGCCAUUGGGGCAGUUGGAUGGAACGGCAGUUUAUAGAUCCGGACCCCUACGCCUUGCGAGAUGACGAUAGAAGAUCAAAGGUGGAAUUCCAUCUGCCUUUGAUCUUCUAUUUGUUCUGGUGGCUUAACUUCUUCAUGAUUAUUCCCCGAAACUGGACUCCCAUCCAGCACCAGCGCUACCCCGAACAAGUAGUCAACGAAGCUGAGCCCUCCGCCACCGAUGCCCGGUUUAAAGCCGCCGGCUUUUUGUUAUUCGUCUGCUGGUGCUUAACAGUCUUCUCUCUCCGUCAUUCGAUCAAACACUACCGCCCACGCAACCGUGGAAUCAUCAACCGAUUCGUAGGCUUCAUUCGCAUGACGCCUCUCCGAUUCAAGCUCCUUAUUCCCAUCGCACUUGUCGUCCCAGCCUAUCAGGAGCUUUGCGCAUGGAAGUUUGAGUACAGCCCCUUGAACCUCGAAGGGAACCGAGCCGCUAUUUUUGCUGGUGGCUACGCCCCAGCCUUAUUGAUCAUGUACAUCCAGGUCAUCUUUGGGUUCAUCAACGAGAAUGAAGACAAAGAACUCAAACGCCAACGUAUCGUACGCAACCAGCAGCUCGACCAGGAGAUGGGCAUCGUCAAGAAGCCCGGAUGGUGGGCCAGAGUCAACGGAGAGGUGGUUGUGCCAGGAGAAAGCAUGCGCGACCAACUCGUCCGCAAUGUCAGAGAAAUCCAGGGGAAUAAACCGCGCAACAAUGGAAGCCCGGCGUCAGACGAUGUCCCAAUGAGCCCGCUCUCCCCUUCCGCACCGGGCAUGUCCCCAGCUGGGACAAAUACACCGCCGACGUCACCACCACCGCUGUAUAAUGGUCGGUCAGAGCGAAUUCGACAAGAAAGAGCCAUGCAGGCGGUAGCUGGUGUUCUUUUCCCUCAAAAUAGAAGUGCAGAGGCAGAAAGGAGAAGGAGGGAACAGGAGGUUAUGAUGGAUGGCCCUACACUCUCGGCAGCAGCUACGACGAAUCCACCACCACCGCCAUAUCCAGGUGCGACAGGGGCAAGGGAGGGGAGUGUAGCUCCUAGUGUGGGCUCGAGGGUGAGCCAACAGCCACCGCAACAGAUAAGGAGCAUGCUUGAUAUUUAGCGUUUUGGAAUAGGAAGCCGCAGCGUAGUCUUUUUGGGGUGGACAAGAGAAAGCGUUUUGGAUUAAGGUGUAUAGAAUUGGUUUAAUUCAAAGUCAAAUAAUCGGUAUCCUUGUUUCUUCUUGAGGAUCAAAAACAGUGUAGCUUUUCUGUCAAGACGAUCGUUUGACAGAACUUCCUAUUAUCCUGAACUUGGGCUGCCGAGCUUCAGCUCA